AUGUAAACAACGCCGGCAGCGCUCUUCUUCUUGUUGUGGUUUUUAUAGUGGAAAAAGAAAAUGUUUUAAGUAAUUGAAUUGUUAAUUAAUUGUUAAUUAAUAUCCCGCCAAGAUGUUCUCCAUGUGCAAACAGACACACGCGGCCACGGCGAUUGAGUUCGCCAUUUCGUGCCGCUUCUUCAACAAUCUCGAGGAGAAUUUAGUUGUCGCCGGCGCCAAUGUGCUCAAGGUAUACCGCAUUGCGCCCAACGUGGAUGCAGUGCAGCGCCAAAAGCUGAAUCCCAACGAAAUGCGAUUGGCGCCCAAAAUGCGUCUCGAGUGCCUCGCCAGCUAUACCCUGUAUGGGAAUGUGAUGUCGUUGCAAAGUGUUUCAUUGGCGGGAGCGAUGCGGGAUGCGCUGCUGAUCAGUUUUAAGGAUGCAAAGCUGUCGGUGCUGCAGCUGGAUGGAGAUACGCAAACGCUGAAGACGCUAUCCCUGCACUACUUCGAGGAGGAUGACAUACGAGGGGGCUGGACGGGACACUAUCAUGUGCCCGUGGUGCGUGUGGACCCGGAUGCACGUUGUGCCGUCAUGUUGGUCUAUGGCAAGCGUCUGGUGGUGCUUCCAUUUCGCAAGGACAACAGCCUCGACGAGAUCGAGCUGGCCGAUGUGAAGCCCAUCAAGAAGGCGCCCACAGCGCUGGUCACACGCACUCCCAUCAUGGCCUCCUAUCUGAUUGCGUUGGCCGAUCUGGACGAGAAGCUGGACAAUGUGCUCGACAUACAGUUUCUGCAUGGCUACUAUGAGCCAACGCUGCUUAUACUCUACGAACCGGUUCGCACCUGUGCCGGUCGCAUUAAGGUGCGCUCCGACACCUGUGUCCUGGUGGCCAUCUCGCUAAAUAUCCAGCAGCGUGUGCAUCCCAUCAUCUGGACGGUGAACAGUCUGCCCUACGAUUGCCUGCAGGUCUUUCCCAUACAGAAACCCAUUGGCGGCUGCCUGGUGAUGACCGUCAAUGCAGUGAUCUAUCUGAAUCAGAGUGUGCCUCCGUAUGGCGUCAGUCUCAACAGCUCGGCGGACAAUAGCACCAGUUUCCCACUGAAGCCACAGGACGGCGUCAGCAUCAGCUUGGACUGUGCUAACUUUGCCUUCAUCGAUGUGGAUAAGCUGGUAAUCUCACUGCGCACUGGAGAUCUCUAUGUGCUCACACUCUGCGUGGACUCGAUGCGAACUGUGCGCAACUUUCACUUCCACAAGGCGGCAGCCAGUGUGCUGACCAGCUGCAUUUGUGUCUGCCACUCCGAGUAUAUAUUUCUGGGCUCCCGUUUGGGCAAUUCCUUGCUGUUGCACUUUACCGAGGAGGAUCAGAGCACGGUUAUAACACUGGACGAUGUGGAGGCUGCUGUGGAGCAGCAGGCAAUUGAGCAGCCAUCACAGCAAAUGGAGGACGAACAGGUCUACGAUGUGGAGCAACAUGAUGCGCCGCCACAGUCCAAGUCCCGUCGCAUCGAAGACGAGGAGCUCGAGGUGUAUGGCUCCGGCGCAAAGGCCUCCGUGCUGCAGUUGCGCAAGUUCAUCUUCGAGGUCUGCGACAGUCUCAUCAAUGUGGCGCCCAUCAAUUACAUGUGUGCCGGCGAACGGGUCGAAUUCGAGGAGGAUGGCACCACACUGCGUCCCCAUGCCGAGUCCCUCAACGAGCUGAAGAUUGAACUGGUCGCCGCCACGGGACACAGCAAGAAUGGUGCCCUCUCCGUCUUUGUGAACUGCAUCAAUCCACAGAUCAUUACUAGCUUUGAGCUGGACGGCUGUCUGGACGUGUGGACAGUGUUUGAUGAUGCCACACGGAAGACGACAACGGCACGCCAGGAACAGCAUGAUUUCAUGCUACUCUCGCAAAGAUCCUCGACUCUGGUGCUCCAGACGGGCCAGGAGAUCAAUGAGAUCGAGAACACCGGAUUCACUGUCAACCAGCCCACCAUAUAUGUGGGCAAUCUUGGCCAGCAACGGUUUAUAGUCCAGAUUACCACGAGGCAUGUGCGAUUGCUGCAGGGCACACGCCUCAUCCAGAAUGUGCCCAUUGAUGUGGGCUCUCCGGUGGUGCAGGUGUCCAUAGCCGAUCCCUAUGUGUGUCUGCGAGUGCUCAAUGGCCAGGUGAUAACGCUGGCGCUGCGCGAGACACGUGGAACACCUCGACUGGCGAUCAACAAGCAUACGAUCAGCAGCUCCCCAGCGGUGGUGGCAAUCGCUGCCUACAAGGAUCUGUCUGGGUUAUUCACCUGCAAGGCGGACGAUGUGCUCAAUUUGACUGGAAAUGCGGGCAGUGGAUUUGCCAAUAGCUUUGGCGGCUACAUGAAGGCUGAGCCGCACAUGAAGGUGGAGGACGAGGAGGAUCUGCUGUAUGGGGAUGCGGGAAAUGCCUUCAAGCUGAACAGCAUGGCCGAUCUGGCCAAGCAAUCCAAGCAGAAGAACUCAGACUGGUGGCGACGACAACUGGUGCAGGCGAAACCCAGUUAUUGGUUGGUUGUGGCACGACAAAGUGGCACGCUGGAGAUCUAUUCCAUGCCGGACAUGAAGCUUGUCUAUCUGGUCAACGAUGUGGGCAAUGGUGCCCUCGUCCUAACCGAUGCCAUGGAGUUUGUGCCCAUCUCCCUGACGCAGGAGAACUCCAAGGCGGGCAUUCUGCACGCCUGCAUGCCCCAGCAUGCGAAUUCCCCCCUGCCGCUGGAGCUGAGCCUGGUGGGAUUGGGACAGCAUGGCGAACGUCCGCUGCUGAUGGUGCGCACACGUCUGGAGCUGCUCAUCUAUCAGGUGUUUCGCUAUGCCAAGGGCCAUCUCAAGAUACGCUUUCGCAAGCUGGAGCAACUGCAUCUGCUGGAUCAGCAGCCCACGCACAUCGAACUGGACGGCGAUGGGAACGAGGACAACGAGGAGGCCGAAUCCUACAACAUGCAACCAAAAUACGUGCAGAAGUUGCGUUACUUUUCCAACGUGGGCGGUCUCUCCGGGAUGAUGGUGUGUGGCGUGAAUCCGUGCUUUGUCUUCCUCACGUCUCGCGGAGAACUGCGCAUCCAUCGUCUGCUGGGCAAUGCCGAUGUCCGCAGCUUUGCCGCCUUCAACAAUGUGAAUAUUCCGCAUGGUUUCCUCUAUUUCGACACCACCUACGAGCUGAAGAUCUCGGUGCUGCCCAGCUAUCUCAGCUACGAUGCAGCGUGGCCAGUGCGCAAGGUUCCACUGCGUUGUACGCCCAGGCAGCUGGUUUAUCAUCGAGAGAAUCGCGUCUAUUGUCUCAUCACGCAGAAGGAGGAGCCAAUGACCAAAUACUAUCGCUUCAAUGGCGAGGACAAGGAGCUGUCCGAGGAGAGUCGCGGCGAGCGUUUCAUUUAUCCAAUUGGUUCACAGUUUGAUAUGGUGCUCAUCUCACCAGAGACUUGGGAGAUUGUUCCGGAUGCGUCCAUACAAUUCGAGCCCUGGGAACAUGUGACCGCCUUCAAAAUAGUCAAACUCUCGUACGAGGGCACGCGCUCCGGAUUGAAGGAGUAUCUGUGCAUUGGCACCAACUUCAACUACAGCGAGGACAUCACCAGUCGAGGCAAUAUCCAUAUCUAUGACAUUAUCGAGGUGGUGCCGGAGCCGGGCAAGCCCAUGACCAAGUUCAAGCUUAAGGAGGUAUUCAAGAAGGAGCAAAAGGGACCCGUCUCUGCCAUCUCCGAUGUGGUUGGUUUCCUCGUGACGGGACUGGGUCAGAAGAUCUACAUCUGGCAGCUGCGCGAUGGGGAUCUCAUUGGCGUUGCCUUCAUUGACACCAACAUCUAUGUGCAUCAGAUAAUCACCGUCAAGUCGCUGAUCUUCAUUGCGGAUGUCUAUAAAUCGAUCAGUUUACUCCGCUUCCAGGAGGAGUAUCGCACCCUGUCGCUCGCCUCCCGUGAUUUCAAUCCCAUGGAAGUGUUUGGCAUUGAGUUCAUGGUGGACAACUCGAAUCUGGGAUUUCUGGUGACCGAUGCCGAGCGUAAUCUUAUUGUCUUCAUGUACCAGCCGGAGGCACGCGAAUCCCUGGGUGGCCAGAAGCUGUUGCGCAAGGCGGACUAUCAUUUGGGUCAGGUCGUCAACACCAUGUUCCGUGUCCAAUGCCAUCAGCGUGGUCUGCAUCAGCGCCAGCCAUUCCUCUACGAGAACAAACACUUGGUCUUCUACGGCACAUUGGACGGAGCCAUUGGUUACUGUGUGCCGCUGCCGGAGAAGGUCUACAGGCGAUUCCUCAUGUUGCAGAAUGUGCUGUUGUCGUAUCAGGAUCAUUUGUGUGGCCUCAAUCCCAAGGAGUAUCGUACCAUCAAGUCUGUCAAGAAAAUGGGCAUCAAUCCAUCGCGCUGCAUCAUCGAUGGUGAAUUAAUUUGGUCCUAUCGCCUGCUCGCUCACUCCGAGCGCGGCGAAGUGGCCAAAAAGAUUGGCACACGCACCGAGGAAAUUCUCGCCGAUCUGCUGGAGAUUGAACGUCUUUCCGCCGUUUUCUAGACACACCAUCCCCAUACCUAUCGGGUGCUCCCUCAUCCUCCUUGUCUGUAAAGUAAUCACUAGUUGUAGCUUCGUAAGUUAAUUUCUAACUAAGUUACGCCAGUUGCAUCCAUCUACAUCUUAGUUCAACUUCAAAUAUCGUAGUAGCAACAAAAUAAUUUGUUAAGUAAAGCGAUUUGUAGUUUGUCAAAUAUUCUAUAAAUAUAAACACAUAUUAUAACAAAAAAAAAA